AUGAAACCGUACGACUUUGUUGCACGCGAUCCAGAUCUGCGGCCCGGCAAGCUCUUCGUCGUUGACGGCGUCAACGAGGACGAUGUCCCGGAGGACAUCGGCGCACGCAAUCCAGAUCUGCGGCCUGGUCAGCCCUUCGCUGACGUACUCAACCAGGACUUUGUCCCGGAGGAUGUCAUAGAUAAAGGCGCGACAACGUCCGCCCUCCUGAGUCAUAUGUCAGGAUCGUGUCAGGCAUGCGUGACCUUGGCCUUGGAGAUUGGGGGCGGGAGGGCAAUGAUGCUGCCAGAGCCAACGACAUGGCGAAGACCCUUGGUGCGGCUGCUUUUGGUGGUGGCAUUGCAGCUGGCAACCUUUGGGGACUACAUGGAAAAGGAGCACCUCAUGUAUGAAUGCAACUGCAGCCUCCAGUUGUUUUUCACCACCAUAAAGACCAAGCAUGAAGGCUUCAGAGGCACAAAUUCGAUGGCGUUUUGGCGUCAGAAUGGAACUCUGGUUGGAACAGCAGGCAACUUUUGGACUGCUGGUGAAAGCGCUGAUGUCGCCCGGUUCGACAUGGUUGUAUCAGCUAGCACAAGGUGGUGGACAGGUUCAACAGAUGUGGCCCGAGAAGCAGCACAUCAAGAAGAAGAGGUUCAAGUCCUUGUUGAUGGUGGAGAUUUUGCAAUCAAUGCUUGUGAUGCCACGUUGGAGGUUCAAGUCCCCAUGGAGCUCAACAAGGAGUUGGUGGACUGGCAUCCUACUCCAAAGGAGUUGCAAAGAGGUGCGUGCAUGGAAUCAACUGGCUACGAAGAUGGUCAGUUUGGCAUGGGUCUGGACGGCAAUCAUUGCAGUGAUGGUCUGGCAGCUUCGAACAGACUAUAUUUUGUGAUGGAGGAGCACUUCACACAGGAGACUGAGCCCCUCUACGCUGGUGGCAUGGCGAUGGUGUACAUGCCCUAUCUGAUGGAUUUCAUGGACUUUGUGGACAAGGCGGUCGAGCGCAUUUUCCUGUUCUUCGAGGAGUUCAACUUCAAGAUGCAGUGCGCUACGUGGAUGAAAUGUCUUCAAGCUGGAGUGAGGCAAACCUAUGAACUCAUGACAGUGGAGCACAUGUGGAUUUGUUGGCCGUUGGCAGCAACAAUGCUGCUGAUGGGGAGCCACUUGGGCCUAUGGAAACGAAUUCAAACUACAUCAUGGUCAAGGGCAACAUGGUCAUCUACACGAUUGGAAAGGCAGAAACUGCGCGUGAAAAGAGCGCAGGCGAGAUUGCAAUUGAGGGCGUUGGUUUUCAUUAGCUUCGCCCCAUGCUGUCAAGGGAUGGAAGGUGCUGGUGAACAAGCGUUCUUGCAGCAGAUGUCGAUGCUUGCAGCUGCUGCCACAAACGCUGCAAACGCAGCUGAGAAAGCCAUUGGGCUGAUGAGCAGCCAGAGCGCAACAAAAUCAUCAUCCUCUGGUGCUGGACUUUCAGGUGCAGGUGGUCUACAAGCAGCUAGCCGCAUUCUCAAGAACCCCGAGGUCUACAAUGGUGAUGAUCCCAUGGCUUUUGCAGGUUGGAAAUUUGCAUUUUGCAGUCGGCUGAGCUUUGGUGAUCCUCGCUAUCAAAGAUGUUCUGACAAUUUGGAAAAGCUUGCAGCUGGUGACCCAAUACCAGCCUACUCAGAUGUGGAAGCUGAACUUAGCGUGAAGCUUUUUGCCAUCUUGACGAGCUACCUGAAAGGGCCAAGCAGAAGGCAGAGAUCCCUUGCAAUUGCUCAGUCUUUGAGCAACUAUCCAGCGUUUACCAACUCCAAGACGAUCCUGGAGCAGAUCCUUGCCUACGAGCAGUUGGUUCAGCAGUUUGAGGAGGUUUCUUCAAGCGUGUAUCCCUCAGAGUUGAAGAUUGCUACUUUGGUGAAAUGCAGUGGACAAAAGCUGCGUGAGUACCUUCAGCUCACCAUUGGAGAGCAGACAACAUAUGCCCAGUUGAAAGAAACUAUGUUGGGAUAUGACAAAGCUUGCCGUGCCUGGACGCCAGAAGCUGUCUUGAAGUCGGCGCAGAGUACUUCAUGCCGCACCUCUGAUACUGUGCUGCUGGUGCUUUUGAGCUGGAUUGCUGGCUUUUGCUGUGGUGUCGCAGUUGCUGCCCUGAUCCUUUCACCUGGACUCAGAGGGUGCCUACUUCGAGCUCUGGCAGUGGCUUUGCGCGAGGUUGCACCUGCGGUUGUGCCUAGGGCCAACAUCAUAGCUCGGUUCCAGUUACUAGUGCUGAACCAGUUUUGCCUGUGGCCUUGGAACCUUGGUGGCUGCAUCCUGCAGAGCAGCGCUUGUCUUCUUCGCUCACCCUCGCGGCUGGGCGUCUUCGGGCUGAGUGCGAUCUUUCUGGACUGCAACGCCUUGAGCUUGCUUUUGAUCGUGGAAGCGGCUCGAACUGAGCCUGACGGCUCAAUUGCUCCCCGUGCUGUGAGCCACGGGUUUGCAUCACAGCUGGAGGAUGCGGAAAGCUGCGGCUAUCUCGGAGUCGUUGGUCCCUUCACCGAAGCUGAUGUUCCGGUGUUCAACAAGAAGUCCAGACGCACUUUGAGAUCUUUGAGUGUUCUGAUUUUCGACUUGGAAGGGUCAGCAUGUUCCAACCUCAGCUCCUCUGUCCCAGAUGGCAUCCGUCGAGAAGAUGUGGUGCGCUUCGGCCGAGGUCCGGGCAAGUUGGGCGACUUGGGAGCAAAGGAUCGAACUGCAGCUCCUUCUCAGCCCCCUCUUCCGGCUCGUGCAGAUGGCACUUUAGAGGAAGAAGAUCUGGAAGACAUAGACGGAGGUGCCGAUGAGCGGCUCGACCCUGGAAAAGCUGCUGGCUUCUCAAACCUCUUGCGGUUCUGGGAAGCUCUUCCGGCCUCGAUGGCGACGAAGCCCCAAAAAGUGCAGGGGUCAGAGGCAUCGCGGCAAGGCAAUAGAGCGUCAAGAUAUCGACCGACUCCGCAUGCUAGUCUGCAUGCCAUCUUUGCGGAGCAGGCCAGCUACGAUGCGGGGGGACUUUGCAUGGCCCAUCUGAUCACCGGCCUGGAGGACCCACCAUUUGCCAUGACCGAGAUGCACAAAGUUCCAAACAGUCUUCACGCUCAUGGCCAGCUGAGCGAUCCGAGAUGGGUCGCGACGAACUUGGCAUAUCUUCGAGAUCUAGAAGGGAUCACCGAGAAAAGCAACAAGUACGUAUGGCCGGGGACUCCGAAGACUUUGGACGGGACUCCAGGCGACGAUGCCGCCGCCAAGAAGAAGCCAUUCCGACCGAAGAGGGGGGCCAAAAAAGACUCCAGAGGCAGCGGACGACAGCGGCCGCUAAAGUUUUCUCAUCUGCUUGAUGCCCGUCGCAAUGCCGAUGAGCUGCAUGCAGAAGUUGCCGAGUCUCGCAAAGCCACUUUGCCUGAGUUUGAAUCAGAUGGACCCUUAUAUUGCCGAGCAGUGCCAAUUUUGAUGGAGACUAUGAAGCGGACUCGGCCCGUGCAGUUUCUGAUGGAACUGUGGCUGCAGAACAGGCGUAUGGUGAUGAAUCGUUCCACCCUUUCUCUGUCUCAUGGUAGCUUGAUUUGUGGUAUGUAUCUCGAGGAUGAUAAGGACUUAGUGAUUGGUGCAGAUGACUUGGAAGAUGUUUAUCACAGCUUCGUGGUGAGUGAUCCCCAUGCUUUUCGUAACCACAUACAUGGCAUUUUCCCAGCAGAGCUUUUUCGUGGUUGGAACUGUUGGCGAGAAGAACUGGCUGGUAAACAAGUAGUUGGUUUCUUCGGUUCUUUGGCUAUGGGUACAAGUUUUGCAGUCGAAGUUGCUCAGCAUACCCACAGUGUUCUACUUAAGCGAGCAGGAUGCCUCAAAGACGAGCAGUGGGUCCAAUACAAAAAAGAGUUACCUAGUGGGGACACGUUGCAGUUGUUUUGCAUUGACGACUGUGCUGUGCUCCACAAAGUUCCGAAGGGCACUCUUCCGACAGAUCGAUCUGAUUGCCGCAAAGACCGAGAGUUGUUGAACCGUGCAAACAAGGCCUAUGAAAAAGCAAAACUUCGAAGUAGUCAGAAGAAAGCUGUGCGCGAUUUCUUUGACACUGUUGUUUUGGGUGGUCAGAUCGAUGGAAGGAUACACUUAAGACUUAAGGCUUUUCUUCCCAUCGAUUCUCCCAUUGAAAUUGGUGAUGAGCAAGCAAGUGCAGCUUUGGCACCCGACCGUAUCCAGCACCUCGAGAAUGAUGCCAAGGCACCACCUCAGCUGGAGAAAUUCGAGCUCCAAAUGACAGAUCUAGCCCAAAAGGUACAAGAGAUUUUCCACCAAAGAAGUCCUUCAGCCCCACCCCUGGCCAAACACGAGCCUCCCCCCCUUUGCCUCCCCCAACGAGCAAGCACUUUGUCCCCCAGUCGCCCCCGCCCCAGUCUGUCCAACUCCCUCCAAUCCGUGGACAUUGAAGUAGAUUGGAAUCGACUUGUCAUUGGUGGCUGGCACAUGGACACCAGACGUGAAAAGGUUGAGCAUGAGGCGAAGCAACUGCUUCAAACUUUUGGCAUUGCCGACGCGGUCACUGAUGUGAUUGUCUACGGCCGACGGGCCUCUGCCUGUCAUGUCUUCCUUCGCCCUUUGCCGAGCCGAGACGCAAAGCGACGACUAGCUGAAUGCCAAACACAACACAGAGAUAAGCACAUCAUCCCAAGCUCCGGCAGAACUGCAUGGAUGACACCCCACAAGAGUGCACACAAACGCCUCAAGAACCGUGCCACCAAAUAUGCAGCCAGCAUUUUGGAGCCGCUCUUUGACAACGCUAGCAAGGAAACGGUUGACAUCGAUUGGAACAAACAGAUCAUAUGGGUCCGCGACCUUCGGGUUAUUGCCUUCAGCGAGCCCGAUCUCAUGCUGCUCUCUGCGAGUCAAACUCACAAGGCCAACUACCAUGACCCACGCCAUCCGGAUGUACUCCCUUUCUUCUUUGACCUCUACAAACUCGCAAAGGUCACAGGCAAAGAGAUUUCUGAGCUCCAGCGGGUCCUCGCCGACCCGCCGGCUGAGGGCAAAUCGCUCUUUCAAGUUGCUGACGUGCUGUCAGAUCAGGCAAUUCACUUUGAUGUCAUUGCUUUACAAGAGGUCGGUGGACUUUCCCAAGGAAACCUCUAUCCCAAUGGCUUCUGGCACCCUGGUCCUGAAGCCCAAUUGCACGAUGAACUCAAGCCCUCCUCGUUGAUAAGAGUUUCGCCACAUCAAUCCUCCGCACCCUCAAGGGGCAGCGCUUCAUCGGUGCACGCAUCCUCAACAAGAAUGGCUUUGACUUUUGGGUACUCUUUGGCCACUUGCCUCAUCAUCACCAGCCCUCUGCUCACUACGCGGAUGCCCUUCAAGACCUCCGGCAACUCCUCACAACAACAACAGACUCUUCCCACCAUCAUCCUGGCUGACUGGAAUGCAACGCCUCACCAACGCCGGUGGGAUGAAGAAGCCCUUGAACUGGAAUGCCUUCAGGCUGAAGAAGACCUUCUUCUCCUACUGCCUGACCACCCUACGUGGAAGGACAAGAUCUAUGACUUCUUUGCUUUGACAAUGCAGACAUGGACAUUGUGGCUGUUUCCCAAACUGAAGUCAUCAGAAGCCGUGCAAUUUGAAAGGUCCCAGAAAAUCCUCUACCUCUACUUCAUGGACCUGGUGAUGGACGUGCAUCUGCUGAUGGAGUGGAGCCUGAGCUUGAUGAGGAUGAGAAGGAUCCAAGAAUAUGCCCGACAACAUCCCCAAGAAGAUCUUGAAGAUGAAGAUGAACCAGAACAGCCCAGAAGUUCACAGGAAAAGGUGGGGCUGCGGUUGAAUCACAAGCUAUGGAGGAUGAAGAAGCCCAGUUGGCGCGUGACUAAAGAGCACCAGGUGAUCUGCAUUUGCCUAUACCAGUUCGACAACGUGUUGCAGAAGCUGAAGCUGGCAAACGCAAAGUUUGUGCGUUUUGAUCCCAACACAGAGAUCCCAGAACCCAGUCCAAAGCAGCAGAGAACGGCUUUGUAUAGCCCAACUUUUGCAGGAAAUUUGAGCAGCAGUCCUGCUGAUGCAUCAACUUCGAGGCAUGUGAGAAGAGUGGUCGAUGAACUGGAAUUGUACAAUGAAGAUGAGCUGGACAUUGCAUUUCCUGAAGAGUCUUGCGACUGGGAGUUUUGUGAAGAGACGUUUGAGUUGGAUGAGAACAAGGUUGCCAUGACAAAAGAAGAACAAGGCAAACAUGGUUUCUAUGAUGAAGGCGCUGGACCUCCCAAUGUUUCUCCUGAAGAGCUGUCUUGGCGUGAUGCUGAGGCGAUGCAAUUGGAGCUAGUUCGACUUCGAAAACUGGACGUCAUUGGGACAGUUGGCGCUGAUGUGAACAUUGAUCAAUGUGUCAGAUUGGACACCCGUUUGGUGUGA